GAGCCGGAGGGGGUACCGGAUGUUGACCCUCCAGCCGGGGAGGAGGAUGAGCAGGAGGACAGCUAUCCGGGUGGGCCCUUUGACACUUCCGUGCUGAUUCACUACCACGAUCACGUCGCUCGGCGUAUCUGGGAGGGAGAGGAGAGAGAGCCGUUGAAAAUGGUGAACCACGCCCGGAAGAUUUUCAGUCUGUUUAAACCAGCAGCUGAGUGGUUUAACGACCAUGUGCGAGGUUCAGGGCUUAGCGGGCUCUGCAUGACGGGGUACACCACCAUCAGCACCGGCAUGCAGGGGGCAUUUGUGGAGCGCUGGCACAAGGAGACGUCCUCUUUCCACUUGCCGGUUGGGGAGAUGACGAUCACCUUGCAUGACGUGCAGUGUCUUCUCCACCUGCCGAUUAGGGGGCCGCUGUUGCACCACUCCCGGAUCCAGAGGGUCGAGGCCAUUGAGUGGAUGACGCUCUAUUUGGGCAUGGAGCACGAGGUUGCUCACUUUGAGUGCGUCACGACAUCUGGGCCUCAUAUCCGGUUCACCAUACUGAGCGCUUAUUUUGAGCACCACCUGGAUGCGGCGGCCGAUGCCGAGCAGGGGGGUGACGAGCUAUUCACACAGUAUCACCGCGGCUGCGCUCUCCGGUGCUGGUACAUGCAUGUGGUAGGCGCUGCAUGCUUUGUGGAUAAGAGUGCAAGGUACGUCGAUGUGACCUACCUCCGCUACUUCAUGGACCUGGAUACCGUUCACCAGUGGAACUGGGGGGCAGCUACUCUGGCAUACCUCUACCAGAAGCUGAAUGAGGCCUCCAACUGGAGGACGAGGCAGUUGGUCGGAUCCUGCACACUACUUACGGUACGUUUUAUUUUAAUACAUUAUCAUAUUUAUUUAUUUAUUUAUGUUUCGUAUUUAUUUUUAAUACAUUAUCGUGUUUCUGUUUCAGAGCUGGAUCAUCUCCUACUUCUCCCGCAUCCACGGCUUUCACAUCGAUCCUGCGUACGUGGACGCCAUGCCUAGGGCCGCCAGAUACGUUCUCCAGAGGGGGAACGAUGCGAUGGGACCAUACCGUGGAUACCUGGACCGCACGAUGCACGACGACGUCACCUGGAGGCCGUUCAGCGACUACGCUCAGAUUGUCCCCUUUGACGGCAUUGCUCUAUAUUCAGGCUGGCUGGCAUGCGGGACUACCAUCAUGGUCCGGUAUCUCCCUGAGCGGUGCAUGCGUCAGUUUGGAUUCGUGCAGCGGAUACCCAGGUCACCCUUUGAGGCUGCUCCCGACACAGUGACCCGAGUGCAGCUCACUGCCAUAUGGGAGGACUGGCAGCAUCAUGUGGUACCGCAGGAGUACCGUCUCACUCGGGUCACACAGGACUGACACAGUGAGGAGGGAUACGUCACAUGGUUCUAUCGGGUGUCACAUCCUCUGCUGAGACCCGACGUUCCCGGCGCUCCUAGGCCAGCACACGAGGAGAUCGUGGAGAACCAGCAGGCCGAGGAUGACCACGCCAUUGAUCUCAUGCCGAUCUGCCAGCGGAUAGAGAUGCUUGGGCGGGACGCGUUGGAUCGAGGUGUCGUUCAGCAGGGCGGUCCAGAGGCUGUGGCCGUGAUGGAGAUGAUCGUCACUGAUGCGGGCCGUGCUGCGGCAUACAGGCGGCAGAGGAGGUCCCAGGGAGAGAGGGUUAGGCACACCCAGUAGUGGUCGGGUUUAUUUAUUUUUUGUUUUCGGAUUGUAUCUUUAGCACAUUAUUAUUAUUAUUUGGA